AGCCAAUAAUUUAACGUAACAGUAGCUAAAUGGAGCUAUAUCAUUGCAUGUACUAUGUUGUGCUUUUGCUUUUGGUAAGCAAAACUGGGCUAACGGUCGAUUCGACCGUGAAAGAUCCAGCUGGGCAAAUAACUCAGCCGACACCGCUAACAAAUGCGGUGCAAUCAAGGGCAGAUACGGAGCCCAAACCACCAAUACAACCGGAGAAGCAGGUGACGGAGAAGGCGCCGGAUCAACAAAAACAACAAGCUGAGAAUCAACCGGCUAAGCAAGUACAACCGGUACAACCAACGAUAAAGAAACAACUGGAUCAGUCAGUACAACCGUUAAAUCCAGAGAUAGAGAAGCAACCGGUUAAGCCAGUACAACAGGUACAACCAAGGAACAACAAGCAACCGGAUAAGUCAGUUCAACCAAGGAAUGAUAAGCAUCCGGAUAAGUCGAAGCCAGCGGGUGAUGAAAAAUACCCACAGAAACAAAGGCUAUCGGAAACCAAGGACAAGAAUACGAAGAAGUGCAAACCGACCGAGGUGCUGACCGCCAAUAAAGGUUGCGUCAAUCGUGAAUUAUAUAUGCACCAGAUACUCCAGCGAGCCUGGGCUGAUGAGAAUCUGGACGAGGCCAAGGAUAAGGCUGGACUGGCCCGCAGCAUUGAGUGCCCCGAUGGUCAAGUACAGACGCCCAUUGGUUGCACGCCAGAAAGGAAGCACUUGCUCGGCAACGACGAGCGAGUACCUGUUCUGCCCAGCCAUCUUCAUGGAGAAAGGGUAUACGCAGCUGCCGGCUACCUACCUGCGCUAGUUGAAAACAGUGAAGAAACAAAUAAUUUUCGGGCUGCUCCCAUAGGCAAACCGAACAGUAAUACGGUCCAGGGCAUAAAGACCGAUAAUCCUGUGGGCCACAAGACACGUCACAAAUAUAUUUACUUGCCAGGAAGGCUGCUCAGGAGCGGUCGUGCGUGUCGCCCCUAUGAGGUUCUGGGAAUCAAAAAUCGGUGCAUUCGAAAGCUGGGUAAGGUUGGUAUAUAUAAGCACAAGAGCCACGUGUACGGGCGUAAAUAGACAACUAGGCGUACUUAUAAUAAAGGAUAAUAUGCUUUUCUUUUGGUAAUAUGAAAAAUAAUACAUUACAUAUACAAAAUAA